AUGGUUACUCUGUUACUCCCCUCUCCAGUUCUAGCUAGUUGGUAUGCAGACUUCACAAGUCCCUUUAUGGGCUUAGGCAGGCCUCCAACCAGUGUUUAUGUGGAUGAUAUUAUCCUCAUAGGGACUGAUUCUGCUGAGAUUUCUUCUUUGAAGUCUUUCUUUGAUGCUCAAUUUAAGAUCAAAGAUCUUGGAUCCCGUAGUUACUUUCUAGGCAUUGAGGUGUUAUAUUCAGAUUCUAGGGUUCUUUUACAUGAGAAGAAAUUUAUUCAUGAUCUUCUCAUGGAGUUUCACUGUUCAGAUGUUACUUCUGUGGUCUGUCCUCUCCCUUUGAAUGUUAAGCUUAAAGCCAAGGAGGGCACUCAUCUCUCUAAACCUGAAGUUUACAGGUCAUUGGUGGGCAAUCUCAAUUUUCUUACUAAUACAAGGCCUGCCAUCUCUUUUGCUGUCCAGCACUUAUCUCAGUUUAUGCAGUCUCCUUGCCUUCCCCAUCUGGAGGCAACUCUCCAUCUCUUGAAAUACCUGAAGGGUACUGCUGAUUUUGGUGUUUUUUUCAACAACUCUCUUGAUCUUUCUGUGGCUGCUUAUUAUGACAGUGACUGGGUUGCCUGCCCUGAAACCAGGGGGUGUUUGAGUAAAGCUGUUGGUGAACUUACUUGGCUGCAUAGGCUGGUUUUGGAUUUGGGAGUCAGUUGUCCUUCUUCUGUUCCCUUGUUUUGUGACAGCCAGGUUGUCAUUCACAUUGCAAAGAAUUCUAUUUUUUAUGAGCGCACUAAACAUAUUAAGUUGGUUUGUCAUCUUGUUCGAGCCAAGAUUGCUGAGGGCCUCAUUAAUUUGUUGCAUACUUCUUCCUCCACUCAGCUCGCGGAUAUCUUCAAAAGGCUUUAG